AUGGAUGUAUAUGACUUCCUUUUUUUUUUUUUUGGGAGAGGUUCAUGUGGUGAGUUGCUUGUAGAAUGUCAAUUUUCUCUUAACGGUUAUUGGUUGUUGUGGCAAAGUAGCACCAACAAUUUUGGCACUGGUGCCUUUGGUUAUGGACAAAAUGAGGAAUUGUUGGCUGACUCUGAGAAUCAAUUGCAGUCAUCUGACACAAGUGGUAGUAUUGCAUGGUCAAGAGAUGAUGUGUUUGCCAAAGUGAUGGAUAAGGAGCACAAAGGUCGCAUUCGUGGGGUAGGAUUUGGUCCAACCCCAAGUGGUCAAAGUAGCAAGACUGCUCUCACGGACAGUGAAAUACGAUUAAGUAAAGCAAGGGACGACGAAAUUGCACAAUUGAAGGCUUCCUUGGCUACUAUGGAGGAGAAACUAGCAGGUUUUGACGAAAUGAAGGAAAAAGUUAGUCAAUUCGAAGAAAUGGAGCAAAGAAUGGAGGAAAGAAUGGAGCAAAGAAUGGCUCGCCUGCUUCAACAGAUGCAACAAACUACACAAUGCAAUCAGGAUCCUUCUCCGGUCGAACAAUCUCCACCUCUCCCCAGAUCAUCAGCUGCAUCUCAUCAACCAAGAAGCUUAUAAGUUUUAUCUUGGAGUUCUUGGACUUUUUUGUGUACGAAGAACUAUGGAAGAACAACCGCAUUUUUUGCAAGUGUUGAAAGAUAAUUUUAAACACUUUGAAAUUUUGAUUAUAGUAUUAGAUUAAUUUCAGCGGUUGUUUUAUUCAAAUCACCACAUCUUUUUUUUGUUAAUUUGAAGAUGGUGGUUAUAGAUAAUGCUAUGUAUUUGAUAAUACAUUUCUAUGUUAAUAUUACGUUAGUUUCAAGACA